CAGAAGCAUCAACGGCAGGAUGGCGUCCAUGGACUUUGCAGAAGCAGCUGACGAGUUUGGCAGGCCCAUGAAGAAAGAGAACAUUUCAGAGUGGCAAGCUGGCUGGAAUGUCACCAAUGCCAUUCAGGGUAUGUUUGUGGUGUCACUGCCCUAUGCUGUGCUCCAUGGGGGUUACUGGGCCCUGAUUGCACUCAUGGGGGUAGCACACAUUUGCUGCUACACUGGCAGAAUCCUGGUGGACUGUCUGUAUGAAGAAGGAGAAGAUGGAUCCUUGGUCAGGGUCAGGGACAGUUAUGCCAGCAUUGCUGUUGUGUGCUUUGGUCCCAGGUUUGGAGGAAAACUUGUGAGCACUGCCCAGGUGAUAGAGCUACUGAUGACAUGCAUACUGUAUGUGGCCAUGUGUGGAGAUCUGAUGCACUUCAGCUUUGAGUUUGUGGCAGUGGAUAUCAGGAGCUGGAUGAUGAUUUGUGGAGUGGUCUUGUUGCCAUGUGCUUUUCUUAGGGACUUGCACAUGGUGUCCACACUGUCUUUCUGGUGCACAGUGGCCCAUGGGAUAGUGAACAUCAUCAUCUUUGGCUACUGUCUGACCUGUGCUGGGGACUGGGGCUGGGGUGAUGUUGACCUGGGCUUAGACCUGGAGAAGUUCCCCAUUGCCUUGGGCCUCAUAGUGUUCUCAUACACAUCCCAGAUCUUCUUGCCCACCCUGGAGGGCAACAUGAGGGAUCCCACCAAGUUUUGGUGCAUGCUCAAGUGGAGCCACAUUGCUGCAGGGGCAUUCAAGACUCUUUUUGCCUAUGUGGGAUUCAUGACUUUCAGGUUCAAAACUAAGGAUGCAAUCACAGACAAUAUGCCAGUGGAAAUCAGGAGAUUUGUCAACAUGGUUCUGGUGGUGAAGGCAAUGCUCUCAUACCCACUGCCUUACUUUGCUGCCAUUGAAGUUCUCCAGAUGGGGCUGUUUAUGGGAAAGCCAGCAACACUGUUCCCAUCCUGUGUGGACCCAGACUCUGAAGUGAGGGUGUGGGCCAUGGCCCUGAGAGUUGGCCUAGUGGUCUUCACUGUGCUGUCAGCCAUUUCCAUCCCACACUUCAAUGUACUCAUGGGUCUCAUUGGCUCUUUCACUGGCACCAUGCUGUCCUUUGUGUGGCCCUGCUACUUCCACCUCAAGCUCAAGGCCCAUGUCAUGACACCAUCUGAAAGGGCUUAUGACUACUUUGUCAUCUUUCUUGGGGUGCUGUUUGGAGUUGUUGGCAUCAUAGACUCUGGUCGUGAAAUGGUGCACAAGUUCCAGCUUGGUCUGCCCAUUUGAGGUGCCAGCAUCAUCACCACAAGGAGAGGACCAUCAUCAAUAAUAGAGAUCCAGUUUACCACAACCAGUAUAGCUUUGUUUGCUGCUGCAGAGAGUGACCAUUUUAUCCUUAUUAUUCUUUGUUCUGUGUUAUAAUGUUCAUUUAUGUCCAGUUUUCCCACCAAAUGUUUGCAGCUACUGAUGUAUUGUAUGUCUUCCGCGCAAGCAAACACCAUGAGAUGAGAUGAGAGAGAAAAGAAAACAGAGUCUUCCAGAAUUCACCAAGAAAAAUGACCCAACCCUGGCUUUUUUGGACCAGGAAACCAGACAAGACCUUGUUUUCUUCCUGUGUUAUAUAGGAAAUCUGCAAUCAUUGAAUCAUUUUCAAUAUCUAUUGAUAUACUCAUUUUAAUGGCCAUUGAUUGUUUCUAAGUUCAACUGCAAAAGGACACAGUAACAAUAAAUGUCCCUCCUUCUAUAUACUGUAUAGUUUCUAAAAUGGACAUACAGCUUCACAAAUUGUAUUCAAAGAUUCUAUUCCCAGAAAAAAGCAAAGCGGUGUUUGAUAAUUAAUUUUGUCUUCCUUUGACAUUCAAACAAGGUUUAUCAAUUGACUUUCAGUAGCAACAUGAAUAACUAAGUGAUUACCAACAAUUUUUAGAACAGGUCUGAGAAGUUUCUGUACCAAUUAACUAAUUUGAGUAUAAAUUACGUUUCUUCAUUCUGCUGAGGAGAUAUAAAAAAAGAAGUCCCAAAGUUGAGAAAAAAGUAACCUCAUGAUAUAUUUCAGAAGAUUAUAAUGUGUGUUUAUGGUUGUGUUUAACUUAUUUGUUCCUUCAUUAAUUUUUUAUGCUUUUCAUCCAGCUCUCACAUAUACUUGUGAAAAAUAAGUAACUGUAUGCUGCUGACUUUAACAAUGACAGUUUUUAUUGUGAGUCUAUCUAAAUUUGAUUUAUAUAAUUAAUUCAAAUCUUCCCAAAUCAUUCACUCAAAGUUCAAAGAAGUUCCCUGCAAACAGCAAGCCAAAUGAUGGAACUCAAGUUUAUGUUGUGGACCUUAACACUCAAGGAAAUAGGAAAGAUUAGCCUUAAAUAUUUUUCAGUAAAAUAUUACAUUCACAUAAUUGCUUAGUAAAAGUGCAAACAGAAGCAAAAGAAUGUGAAACACUUGUGGUGUGAAAAGUUACUGUAGAGUUCAUUUUAAAAUUGUCUUUUAAAUGAUUUAUUGAUAAAUUUUUCUAGUUUGCUAAAAAAAGCACUUUGUUGAUGUAUAUAUGUAUUCAAAGCAUAAAGUUUGACUUAAUUUUUUUAUAAAAUCAGCUAGUAUAAUAUGUCAGGAGCUUAUUCAUCUGUUCAAAUGGCAUUAUAGGUACAAAUAAAAAAAAACAUGCAGUUGAACAUCAUUCAACAACAAACAUUGAAAAUCACAGCAUGACAUUUGAUGCCAAUUUAAUCAUUUGGAAUUUUUCAUGAGUAUGAAUAUCUGGAUUGAGUUUUGAAAUAUUGAAAUUUACUUAUUUUACUGUUUAAAAAAAUGGUCUUUUCAAGCUAACCCAACCUUGAAUACUGUAUUGAAAGAGUAUAGGUGAGAUGGAUAUCUUUGACAUGCUUGAGGCAUGAAAAAAAAAAGGGUUCAGGCUACAUAUACUGAGUGAAAUUGCAUGUGAAUAAAGAAUGCAUAUAUAUCUUCCAAAGUGCCUCUUCUUGAUGGAUUUUGUACAGCAACACACAAUUAGAUCAUAUAUAGUGAGUUCUUCUUGGCACUGGAGAUUUGAAUAGCACUUGAAUUUACUGAACCUAUAUUUUGCACUAUAUUUUGCUGUUUUGAAUGGUAUUCAACUUUUUGACAUUCAAGAAUUAAAAAAUUGCAUUCUGUAUAUUUAUAGGGUUUUUGGAAUUGAAGGAAUCCUUGUUCAACACAUUAUUAAUGUACAGUAAUUAAAAUCAUCAGUCAUUUGAAAAAAAAUUGAAACUUCAUCAUGUACAUUAUAUUAUGUAUAAUGUAGGCCAUACUAUGAAAUACUUAGGUUCCAGUUUUGUCACUUAAGUUACAUUAUUUGUGCUGGUUUUUAUUUAGCUUCCAUCAGUUGCAAACACCAUAUUAUUGUUCAUUGAACCCCCAUCUAUGAGAGUAUUCCUAUUUCAACAAAAUAAAGAAAGCUGCAUAUGUCAUGUAUUAGUGUUUCCUACAGUAAAUCUUCCUGCCAAAAAAGAAAAAAUGGAUUGGAGACUCAAGCAGGUAAUGCUUGAAUUGAAUGGCUGUUUUCAAAAACAUUUCUAGCAGAAUCAGUCAUGCAUGUAAUUUGUCUGAAUGAAGGAAUCUGAGAUUUUCUCAAUAUCAUCCAAGAUUUUUGCUGGACUAUAAUAAACUAAUUUUAGUCUAAUCUUCUUCUUUCAAUUGAAGGUGAAUUUUAUUGUGGCCAGAAUAGCAUCAGGAAUGAAAAAUGUCUUUAACUUUUCAAAUUAUAGAAAGCCAUUCUUGAAAAGAUCAUUUUGCUUGAAAUAUUUGUUCCAUGAUUUUGUUGCAUAUUUUUCAGAAACUUGCUGUAUUACAAAUCAGAUAAAAAACCUAUUUUUCAAUAAAUUUCUCCCCAUGGAUAGAAAUUUGGCUUUCUAUGUUAAAAAAUGAUUGCAAAUUUGGCAGGCUUUGGGAAGAAGACCAAAGUUUUUUUGGUUUCCUGUAAAAAAAAAGGCCAGGGUGACAUUUGCAGCCUUGAAGUAUUCAGACCCAUUUUUGGGGCACUUUCAUGUUUUUCAAGAAAAAUGAAAAUUUUGCAAGUGUAUGGGGUAUAUGCAUAACAAGGAAAAUGUGUUGUUAGGUGUUGGAAACGGAUGUCUUCCUUUGAGCAAAUUUUGCCACAGAUCCAUAUCUUGUCUUCCAAAAAGAGAGAGAGAAACACAAGCUUGUGUUUUGGGAACAUCAAGUUUUUUCUUGUAUUCAUGAGCAUGUUUUAGGCCAACAAAGAAGGUGAUGGAUAUAAUAAAAGAGAUGUUGGAUGAUGAUCAUCAUCAUUUGAAAAGAAGGGAGAAAAACAAA